AUGGGAGGUUGUGUAUCAAUCAGCAGUCGAAGUACUUGUAGUAGCAAGAGUAACGGGGAUAAUAUAACUCCCCCAUGCUUGUGGAUAGAUAUGUUUGGUUGCAAAAGGAGUAGGAGAACGUUUUCCGACAACGUUACCAAUCUGCAACGUCUUGCUUCGGCUUCUAAUCGGAUAUUCACCAAUGGAAGAACAAGCAGUUCAUGCAUAUUUACUCAGCAGGGCCGUAAAGGCAUAAAUCAAGAUGCAAUGAUUGUGUGGGAAGAUUUUAUGGAAGAUGACGUUAGCUUUUGUGGCGUUUUUGAUGGCCACGGCCCGCACGGACAUCUCGUGGCUCGUAAAGUGAGGGAUACACUGCCGCUAAAACUGUCCUCUUUUCUGAACUCGUCCGAGUCGAGGAGAAAAGGAUCUGGUGCGAACUGCUGUAAUGGGGAUGUGAAAUUGGACGUGGUGGACCCCACAAAAGAUACCUCUGAGGAGGAGAAAGUUGAGUCCAUGUGGAGAGAGGCUUUUCUUAAAGCUUAUAAGGCGAUGGACAAAGAAUUGAAGUCGCAUCCAAAUUUGGAUUGCUUUUGCAGUGGUAGCACGGCUGUGACUGUUGUAAAACAGGGCUCGAAUCUUUUCAUGGGUAACAUUGGUGAUUCUCGAGCAAUAUUGGGAUCUAAAGAUGGCAAUGAUUCAAUGGUGGCUAUCCAAUUGACAGUUGAUCUGAAGCCUGAUCUACCUAGGGAGGCAGAAAGGAUAAAGCGGUGCAAGGGUCGAGUAUUUGCUUUACAAGACGAGCCUGAAGUGCCGAGGGUUUGGCUGCCAUUUGAUGAUGCCCCUGGUUUAGCAAUGGCGCGUGCUUUUGGUGAUUUCUGUUUGAAGGAAUAUGGAGUCAUCUCCAUUCCUGAAUUUUCUCACCGUACACUAACUGACCAAGAUAAAUUCAUUGUUCUCGCAUCAGAUGGGGUAUGGGACGUGUUGAGCAACGAGGAGGUGGUGGAGAUCGUGUGGUCGGCUCCGACUCGUUCAUCUGCUGCCAGGGUGGUGGUGGAGUCAGCAGCCCGCGAGUGGAGGUCCAAAUACCCGACCUCGAAAAUGGAUGACUGUGCAGUCGUCUGCUUCUUUCUCGAUGGGAAAACAGAUACUGCUGAGUCGGAGUUGGAGGAGCAGUCUGUUACCGGAGGCUUCUCAUCUGCGGACGAUGGCCAGCACUCGGAGCCUUGCCUCGCCAGGAACUACACAGUCCGGUCAUCGUCUGAGGAGAAGCAUGGAGGAGGGGAUGAGGAACAGAGCUGGUCGGGUUUGGAAGGGGUUACAAGGGUCAAUUCGUUGGUUCAGCUCCCCAGAUUCUCCGAGGAGAGGACGAGACCUUCGAUUUGA